CUGACAUAUUCAAAGGAAUCUAAGGAGUCAUCAAUUGGAUCUCCAUUGUGAUAGAUAUUGGAUUACCUUAUUACUGUAACAGAAGGUGAUAGAAGUGAUCUGGUGACCAGAGGAUGUGGAGUUGGCCCAAAAUAUUAAUUUUCUCUUACCUCACAACAGGAAUUUGGAUGGAAAAGCAAUUGGUCUCCCGGAGAGGUAUGAACCUGCAAGUUUAUUCAACUUCGAACUUUACUGAUUUGGAAAGGACAAGAUUUAGAAGAGCCCUUUAUAAGGGUCAUUACUGUAGGACUCAUGGUUGUUGUGAAGACAGAAAUGAUGAAUGUGUAACUCAUUUCUAUGAGGCAAAUGCCAUGUGUUACUGUGAUAAAUUUUGUGAAAGGGAAAAUUCUGAUUGCUGUCCUGAUUACAAGUCCUUUUGCCAAGGAGAAAAUCCAUAUCAAAAAGGUUGCUUCAGAGAUCAUCAAUAUUAUGGGGAAGGAGCUGUAAUUAAAGAAAACUGCAAUAACUGCACCUGCUCAGAACAGCAGUGGCAAUGCUCCCAACAUGAAUGCCUUGUUCGUCCAGAAUUAAUUGAAAACAUCAACACUCAAGAUCAUGGAUGGAAGGCUCACAAUUACAGUCAAUUUUGGGGAAUGACUUUAGAAGAAGGAUACAAAUUUCGACUUGGUACCUUCCCUCCCUCACCUACACUUCUGAGCAUGAAUGAAAUGACAGUCAAUUUGCCAUCAGAGAUCCAUCUUCCAGAGUUUUUUAUCUCCUCCUACAAGUGGCCUGGAUGGACUCAUGACCCCUUGGAUCAAAAAAACUGUGCUGCAUCCUGGGCAUUUUCCACUGCAAGUGUAGCAGCUGAUCGAAUAGCAAUUCAGUCCAAUGGUCGUUAUACAGAUAAUCUAUCUCCUCAGAAUUUGAUCUCUUGCUGUGUCAAAAAUCGGCAUGGAUGCAAAGGAGGAAGCAUUGACAAAGCUUGGUGGUACCUGAGAAAACGUGGGUUGGUGUCUCAUGCAUGCUACCCACUUUUUAAGGACCAAUUCUUCAACAACAAUGGCUGUAACAUGGCAAGUCGAUCUGAUGGACGGGGGAAAAGGCAUGCCACAAAACCAUGUCCAAACAACAUAGAGAAAUCUAAUCGAAUAUAUCAAUGUUCUCCUCCAUAUAGAGUCUCUUCCAAUGAAACAGAAAUAAUGAAAGAAAUCAUGCAGAAUGGGCCAGUACAAGCAAUAAUGCAAGUCCAUGAGGAUUUCUUCCAUUACAAAUCAGGGAUAUAUAGACAUGUCAACAGCAUGAAAGAUAAAUCAGAAAAAUAUCGAAAUCUACGCACUCAUGCAGUCAAACUCACUGGAUGGGGAGUACUCAGAGGAGCACAAGGAAGAAAAGAAAAAUUUUGGAUUGCUGCCAAUUCCUGGGGAAAGUCAUGGGGAGAGAAUGGUUAUUUCAGGAUUCUUCGUGGAGUGAAUGAGUCUGACAUUGAAAAGUUGAUUAUUGCUGCUUGGGGACAUUUGACAAGUUCAGAUGAAUCAUAACAUAUCAUUAAAUUUGCAUGAUGCCUUGCAUUUUUAAGUAAACUCCUUAAAAUCAGGUUUUAUAACUUGAGGUUCCCUCUAACAUUGGAAGGCAUAUGUCCUAACCUGUAAUUAACUCAUAUCUGUUUUUUGUUUUAACUCAGCACUAUAGUGCUGUUUUCUUUCUUUCACUGAGUUACCAAAAAAACAUUACAUGGCACAGCAGUAGUUUAAGCUACACAAAAUUUUUUUGAAGUGUCUCAUCUCUUUUUCCUUCUUUAUUGUUAGGAUUUUUAAUGGCCCACCAUCUGUGAUAAGACAUAAUUUCUCAGCAUUAUUUGCCUCAAAUGAUGAGAAUACCCAUUUGUACAAAUGGUAAUUCAUAUCUUCAGUGGUGGAAAUCUCAAAAGUGGAAAAAAAUGGGGAGGUGAUCCUACUGAUUCUUUUAUAUAUGUGUAUUUUCCCCACAAUGAUAGUUUUCUCAAUACAAAUGUGGCCCAUGUGCCACUGAAUACAGUAAAAAUCUAAUUUCACUUUUGUUUCUCCUAAUGUUUCUCUCAAUUGCCAUUGUCACUCAUAUUUUUGGGGAGUAGCAAGCAAUUUCUUUCCACUCUGUGCCUGACUUACAUGACAUGAUAAACAGUAAAAUCCCUAUAGAGGAACCAAUGAUUACUGCAGUUCUAUACAUAACAAAAUAUGGUAGGAAAUAGAUGUCAUAUAUUGUGAAAAAGAGAAGGGUUAAGAAAAGAAAACCUUCUCUUUCCUGAUUUGAAUGCCUCUAAAACUUAUUUGAAGCUUAUAAAAAUUAGCCAUACAGCUGUAAUUUGAAAGAUUAUUUAUUUUUUCUCUACCUGAAAACAGCAACAUGAUGCCAUGAGUCAGAAAGAAUAAAUAUUGCCUUUUCACAAUCAUUUCACAAUUCACUACUUGAGUUUCUGAAAAGUAAGUUUAAUUGGCACUAAUUUGCAUCUAAUCUUGAUUUCAGUUUUCAACAAUUAUAGAAACAAAAAAUAGUGUCGUCAUUAUGACUGGGCAAGGAGAUAAUCUCAUAAUAAUUUACUGACAUUUAGAAAUGGCAAAAUAAUAAAAAUGAAGACCCAAAGCUAUUCAUUAUACAAAUGACAAUGGUGAAUUGUAGUGACUUACUUCACUAGAGUUGCAAGGACAAGUUAAACAUUGAUGUGUAGCCCAUUUCUUUGAUAUUCAAAUGCUUGAUUCUUAACAUUUUAACAUCUUUCAGCUUAAUUUUUGUAUAGGGCUAAAAUUCCUUAAUUAUGUUAAUGAAGACUUAUUUUGAUCAGGAUUUUAAGGAUAUGAGAUAUAAGCAAAAGACACAUCAUAGAGGAAAGAGGAUUAGAUUGAGAUUUAGGAGACUUGAAUUGUAGCCCAAUUUUUUUCUCUUUGACUUAUUUUAUUAUCUUAACCAAUUCAUUUUAAUUGCUUUAACUUACAGGGCCCCUAGUUUCUUUAUCCAGAACAAUAUAAACUAAACAGUUCUUAAGUUCCCUUCCAUCUCUAAUAUUUGAUCAUUCUAAGAUAACAAAUAUCAAGAAGUUUACUGCUAGGCCCUGCCUGGUGUUUGGUGAAGUGUAUGAAAUUUACUUUCACAAUAACAUGUAUCAGACUCUGAACUCUAUCAAUUUUGUCUGUGUUUCCUUGCAGUAAAAAAAAGAAAAAAAAGAAAAGGAUGGCAUGAGCAAAACCAAAAUCCACUCCCCCAAAAUAAACUUUGAGAUCCAUUCUUUUAAGAUAACAUUUAACAGCUUUCUAAUCAGAAAGAGUUUCUAUUCACAGAAUUGGAACACAUCAGAGAUAAAAGAGAUCUCAGGAGUCAGCUAUAUAAUUGAUACUUGAGUAAUAAUCUCUUCUACAUUACUGUUGACUCAUGUUACACUUAAAUUCACUUGUAUUCCCCUGAUCUCUUCAUACUGACUGUUCUUUAUCCAUCCCUCCAGAAUCUUUUACUUUUGAAAUUGAGUUUUUAAUCUGUAUAAGAAUUUAUAUUUAUCUCUAUUAAAUUGUAUUUUACUAGAUUUGAUCACUUGUUUACCAUAUUUAUCAAAAUAUUCUCUAGCAUUGUCUCUUGGUUCCAGAUGCUUAUUCAUGAAAUUAUCCUCUUAUCAUAUAAAAUUGAUCUGCAUCCAUUUACCUAUAUUAUUUCUUUUUAAUUAAGUAUGUCACCAGGAUUAUAAUGUUGGCCUGGGUCUUAUUUCAAGUAGCCUUGCUAGAGUUCAGGGAGCAGAGCCAAAAUCACAGAAUGAAGCUAGGGAAUUUGUUGAGCUUUCCCAAUUUCCCUCAAAAAUCACAUGAAAUCAAGCUUCUGAAAAGAUCUUGAAUGGAAUGAAACCACACUCCAGUUCAAGACAGAUUAGAAGGACUUCAGGAAAGGUCAGUCUCAUUGGGGCAAAAAAGGAUGUUCAGCCCAGUUCAUGUGAAGUCUGGGAAAGCCAGUAAGAGGUUCUUCAUCAUAAGAGGUAAGCAACUAAGACUCUCAGUCCUAACUCAACAACAUAGCAGAGCAGUGGAACAGCUCCCAGUCCCAUUGCAGAAGGCAAAAUGCCAGCUAGCAAAAUCAAGCUGUUUCCUGGAGAGAGAAGCAUGCUACCCCAUGCUACUAUCAAACUUUACAAGGUAACCCUGUGAUCAAAGCCAGGGCUGAAAAUGGCACAAGAAAUUUGGGAUAUUGCCCCUGUACCCCAAAAGAAAGAUUGACUUUAAAAGUCACAAAAUAAGAAAAAAAGAAAGAAAACAAUAAUCAAGUAUUUGCUAAACACCCAAAUCCCAGCUUCUGGAAUAAAAACUCCCUAUUUGACAAGUGAGGAAAAUUGUAGGAAAACUAGAAAAUAAUGUCAGAAAUUUGGCAUAGACCUACAUCUCAUAUCCCAUACAAAAAUAAGGUCAAAAUGGGUACCAUGACUUGAGCAUAAAGGAUGACAUCAUAAACAAAUUAGAAGAGCAAGGGAUAAUUUACCUAUUAGAUCUUUGGAGAUGGGAGGAAUUUAUGACCAAAGAAAAACUAGAGAACACUAUAUAAGGCAAAAUGAACAACUUUGAUUACAUUGAAAUUAAAAAGUUUUACACAAAUAAACGAACAGAAACUACAUUAAAAUGGAAAUUCAAAGAUGAGAAAAAAUCUUUAUAGCCAGUGUUUGUUUUUUUUUUUUUCCCUGAGGCAUUUGGUGUUGUGACUUGCCCAGGGUCACGCAGCUAGGAAAUGUUAAGUGUCUGAGGUCAGACUUGAACUCAGGUCCUCCUGACUUCAGGGCUGGUGCUCUAUCCAUUAUGCCACCUAGCUGUCCCCCAAUAGCCAGUGUUUUUGAUAAAGGUCUUAUUUCUAAAAUUUAUGAAGAACUGUGUCAAAUUUAUAAGAAUACAAGUCAUUCCCCAACUGAUAAAUGGUCAAAAGAUAUGAACAGACAAUUUUCAGAUGAUGUAAAUUAAAGUCAUUUAUAGUGAUAUGGAAAAAUGCUCUAAAUUAAUUAGAGAAAUGCAAAUUAGAACAACUCUGAGGAACCACCUCAUACCUCUCAGAUUGGUUAAAAUGACAAGAAUAGAUAAUGAUAAAUAUUGGAGGGGAUGUGAGAAAACUAAGACACUAAUGCAUUAUUGCAGGAGUUGUGAAAUAAUCCAGUCAUUCUGAAGAGCAAUUUGGAACAAUGCCUAAUGGAACAAAUGCCUGUGUAAACACUUUGACCCAGUAGAACCAUUACUGAAAUUGUAUCCCAAGGAAGUCAGAGGAAACAGAGAGAAAGGAUCCACAUGUGCAAAAUAUUUGUAGCAACUCUUGUUGUGGUAGAAAAGAAUUGGAAAAUGGUAGAUGCCCAUCAACUAGGGAGUGGCUAAACAAGAUGUGUCAUAUGAAGGUAUGGAAUUUUAUUGUUCUAAAAUUAUGAAAAGGUUAUUUUAGAAAGGUCUAAAAAGAUUUGCACAAAGUGAUGCUGAGAGAAAUAAGCAGAACUAGGAGCACAUUGUACACAAUAAUAAUAAGAAUGUGUGGUGAUCAACUAUAAACAAUUUGGUUUGUAAUGUUAAGUGAAAUGAGCAGAACCAGGAGAUCAGUAUACAUAACAACAACAAGAUUAUAUCAUGAUCAUUCCUGAUAGACAUGGAAUAGUGCAGUCAUGAAGAGAGCCAUCUACACCUAGAGAGAGGAUGAGGGAAAUGAAUGUGGUUCACAACAUAGUAUUUUCACGCUUUUUGUUGUUACUUGCUUGCAUUUUAUUUUGUUUCUUUUUUACUGGUUUGAUUUGAUUUUUCUUGUGCAGCACAAUAAUUGUAUAAAUAUUUAUGCAUACAUUAGAUUGAGCAUAUAUUUUUAUCAUGUUUAACAUAUAUUGGGCUACUUGCCAUCUAAGAGAGAGCAUGUGGGGAGGGAGGGAAAACUGGAACACAAGAUUUUUCCAAGGACUAAUGUUGAAUAAUUGUCCAUGCAUAUGUUUUGAAAAAUAAAAAGCUUUAGAAAAAAAGAAAGAU